AUGUUGAAUAAUAAUGGAUACAAAUCAAAGCAACGUAGUAGUACUGCUAGUGGUUACAUUUGCAGGAUCCAAGUACUUGUUAUGUCUUUUACAUUGAUGCUAAUGCUAGUGAUUCUCUUUUUAGUAUUUGAUAAUGUUCAUGAUAAUGAUAAUCAUGGUGUCAAAGUAAAAGUAAAACCAAGUUUAGCUUAUGAUUCUCAUAAGCAAAAGUGGAAUAGCUUUGAUUCUUUGGUGAAAUUGCAUCCCACAAGAGAGUUCAGGAAUGGAACAGAUUUGAUAUGGCAAGUACCUGAAUCACCUAAAGGUGUUCUUUUUCUUGCUCAUGGAUGUAAUGGAAAAGCCAUUAACUUUUGGGACAAAUCGUCUGAAUGUCCUGAUUGUGUCGGUUUGCCUGAAGAACGGUUGCUUGUACUUCACGGUCUUGCUGAAGGUUUUGCUGUUAUUACUAUUUCAAGUGCGCGUAGAUGUUGGAGCUAUGGAAAUAAUGAAGUGUUGAUUGUUAAAGAUAUACUAGAAUGGUGGAUUGGUGAGAGGAAGCUUGAGAAACUUCCUCUUGUGGCUUUAGGUGCUUCGUCGGGAGGAUAUUUUGUAUCUUUGCUUGCAACUGCUAAGAAGUUUAAUAGUAUUGUGCUUAUGAUUGCUGAAGGGAUGUUUGAAGAAAUAGAUAUUGAAAAGGAUUAUCCUCCUACCCUUUUUGUUCACAUGCCUAAAGAUUUUUAUAGACAGCGGAAAAUUGAUGAAUAUGUUGAGGUUUUGAAAGGUAAAGGGAUUGAUGUUGGUGUUGUUGAAUGUAUGGAGUUUCCGUUGUCGCCAGAUACUUUAAUCGAUAGGAUUCCAGGUAUGGAUCAACAUCUUUCUAGAACUUUGUUUGAAGUCUUUAAGGAAAGGGGAUUGAUUGAUCGAAAUGGAUAUAUGAAGCAAGACGGACGGAAAAUAAACUGGCGAAAGGUUAUUCAGGAGAAGAUAAAUCUCGAUAUUGAUGAGCGUUUGGUUCCUCAUGUCCAGGAAGAGCUAAACCUUGCAUUUGCUUACCAUGAGAUGACAAGUGUGCAUUCCGACCGGAUUUUUAAAUGGUUUAAAUCUCAUUUGAGCUGA